UCACCACUGUCCUAUGCUCUCUGCUUCUGGCUUGGCAUGCACAUUAAAAGUAGAUGCUUUUGAAAAUACGCCAACGCGAAUCACGUCUGUAAACACAAACGUCCCUUUCCCCCACUCAAUACUCAAAUAGUCAACAUCCUCAUAAUCCCAAAAGACCAACCUUUUAAUCACUUCAACAAUGAGAACCGCGUGAGUUGCACAUUACUCAUGUCCACUUCCAUCUUGUCACCAUUUGCAUUGCAUGCAUGCCAUGAACCACUACAACAACAACAGCUACUGCUUCCCUUUUUCUCACUCAUGCAAAACAACAAAGUCCUUUCUCCUUAGGUCCCCUCAAAAGUAGAGCACUCUCAUUUCUUACAACUCACAACACCCUUGCUUCCUCACUGUAAAUUAAAUUUCACAAGAUGAAGAAACAACCCUUGUUGCUCCUUUUAUUUUUAUGUUUAAGUGGUGGUUUAUCUCAAGGGGUGUCCUUACAAAGAGAAUCUCAAAUUCUACUUGAGGUCAAGAACACCCAGCUCCAAGACAAAAACAAGAGUCUGAAAAACUGGGUGCCCAACACACACCACAACAACCCCUGCAACUGGACCGGCAUUACCUGCGACGCACGACAACAAUCACUUCUCACCAUUGACCUCUCCGAAACUGGCAUCUACGGUGACUUCCCCUCCGGCUUUUGUCGCAUUCACACCCUCCAAAACCUUUCCCUUGCAUCCAAUUUUCUCGCCAACGCCAUCCCCAACUCUCUCCUUCUCUGCUCCCACCUCCGUCUCUUGAACCUCUCCGACAACUACUUCGUCGGAGACCUGCCGGAAUUCCCGCCGGAGUUCACCCAACUCAGAGUACUAGACCUCUCCAAAAACAACUUCAGCGGCGACAUUCCGGCGAGUUUCGGAAAUCUUCCACGCCUGAGAGUGCUUACUUUAUUCGGUAACCUUCUCGGCGGGACGAUUCCUCCCUCUUUAGGCAAACUCAGCGAGCUAACUCGUUUGGAACUAGCUUAUAAUCCCCUCAAACCAGGACCUUUACCUUCCCAACUAGGAAACCUCUCUAACCUCGAAACUCUGUUCCUAGCCGAACUAAACCUCGUUGGGGAAAUUCCACACUCCAUUGGGAACCUCACCAAGCUCAAAAACUUGGAUUUGUCUCAAAACUCCUUGUCAGGUGAAAUCCCGAACAGCAUUUCACUUCUGAAAAACGUGCAACAAAUUGAACUAUUCCAAAACCUUCUUUCCGGCGAGCUACCCCAAGGUUUGGGAAACCUAAGCAGUUUAAUUCGCUUGGACCUCUCUCAGAACUCUCUCACCGGAAAAUUACCUCACACAAUCGCUUCAUUGCACCUCUAUUCUCUGAACCUCAACGACAACCUCCUCGGUGGAGAAAUUCCUGAAAGUUUAGCUUCAAACCCUAAUUUGCAACAGCUUAAACUCUUCAACAACAGCUUCAUUGGUAAACUCCCACGAGAUCUGGGGCGAAACUCUGAAAUUCAGGAAUUUGAUGUCUCAACUAAUGAUUUCACGGGAGAGUUGCCAAGGUACCUAUGUCAGGGGAAGAAACUGGAGCGUCUCAUCACGUUCGCGAAUCGCUUCUCUGGAACGCUUCCUAACGAGUACGGCGAGUGUGGUUCGCUUCAAUAUGUCAGAAUCCAGAACAACGAACUCUCGGGCCUGGUGCCGCCAACGUUUUGGGCCCUUACUGGGCUUCAGUUUCUGGAAAUGUCCAACAACAGGUUCCAAGGUUCUGUUUCCGCUUCUUCCAGGGGACUCACCAAACUCAUUUUAUCCGGCAACGCUUUUUCUGGCGAAUUCCCAACGGGAAUCUGCGAACUUCACAACCUCGUGGAGAUUGACGUCAGCAUUAACCGCUUCACCGGGGAAGUUCCCACGUGCGUAACCGGUUUGAGUAAGUUGCAGAAACUCAGAAUGCAAGAGAACAUGUUCACCGGCGAGAUUCCAAGUAAUGUGAGCCUUUGGAGUGACAUGGCAGAGUUGAACUUGUCGUUUAACAGGUUCACCGGUUCAAUCCCGCCGGAGCUCGGUAAUUUGCCGGAUUUAACGUACCUUGAUCUCGCCGAUAAUUAUUUAACGGGGGAGAUUCCGGUGGAGUUGACGAACUUAAGGCUGAACCAGUUCAACGUGUCUGAUAACAAGUUGCACGGGGAGGUUCCUAUGGGUUUCAACCACCAAAUUUACUUAUUGGGUCUAACCGGAAACCCGGGUCUGUGUAGUGCCGUUAUCAAAACCCUUCCUUCAUGCUCCAAACGCAGGCCGUUUUCUCUGCUUGCGAUUGUCGUUUUGGUUGCCUGCGUUUCGCUCCUUGUGGGGUCCACGUUGUGGUUCCUGAAGAGCAAGGGUUUUGGCGGGAAGUCCAAGCGUUCGUUUAUGUCAACGGCGUUUCAGAGAGUGGGGUUCAAUGAAGAAGACAUAGUUCCCAACUUGACGAGUGAGAACGUGAUUGGCACUGGGAGUUCGGGUAGGGUUUACAGGGUGAGGCUUAAGACGGGACAGACGGUGGCGGUGAAGAAGCUGUUCUGCGGUGCGCAGAAGCCUGACACGGAAUUGGUGUUCAGGGCGGAGAUUGAGACGUUGGGUAGGAUUCGGCAUGCCAAUAUUGUGAAACUGUUGUUUAGUUGCAGUGGUGAUGAGUUUAGGAUAUUGGUGUAUGAGUACAUGGAGAAUGGGAGCUUAGGGGAUGUGUUGCAUGGUGAUGAUAAGUAUGGAGAGUUGAUGGAUUGGUCUAGAAGGUUUGCCAUUGCUGUAGGUGCGGCUCAAGGGUUGGCUUAUUUACAUCAUGAUUGUGUGCCUGCUAUUGUUCAUAGAGACAUAAAGAGUAAUAACAUUUUGUUAGACCAUGAAUUUGUGCCAAGAGUAGCAGACUUUGGGCUUGCUAAGACAUUGCAACGUGAGGCCACCCAGGGUGUUGCUAUGUCUAGGGUUGCUGGAUCAUAUGGUUACAUUGCUCCAGAGUAUGGUUAUACAAUGAAAGUGACUGAGAAGAGCGAUGUGUAUAGUUUCGGGGUGGUGCUGAUGGAACUGAUCACUGGAAAGAGGCCUAAUGACUCUGCAUUUGGUGAGAAUAAGGAUAUAGUGAAAUGGGUCACUGAGACUGUUUUAUCACCGUCUCCUGAAAGAGGAAGUCGCAAUAUGGGGGGUAGUAAAGAUUAUAUUAUGUCCCAGAUUGUGGACCCAAGAUUGAAUCUAGCCACUUGUGAUUAUGAGGAGAUUGAGAAGGUUUUGAAUGUGGCCCUGCUCUGCACCUCAGCGUUUCCCAUUAAUAGACCCUCGAUGAGAAGAGUGGUUGAAUUGCUCAAGGAUCAUAAACUGUUUUGAGCUUUUCCCGAGCUCUCUCCAGUCCCACUAUAGGACCCAAAUUUUGUAUUGCGAUGGCGGCAGGCACCACAUGAAAGUGAUUGAUGGCUGUGCUUGAAGGAAAACUUGCUUAGGAGGAAAUUUUGAGCAUCUUUGUUAUAAAGGAAUGGGUAGCUUUAUGAGUGAUUGUUUAGUUAUUCAUUUUAUGUACAUCUUCUUGUAUAUGUCGUGAAUGCCGUCUUUAAUCAAAGUAAAGUAAGUAGUGAAUUGGAAAUUCACAGCCAUACUAUACUGAAAAAGAAAUACCUUCCUGCAGGCUUUAGCA